AGGUUAUGAACACACGUGGUUCCGAUCGAUUCUUGUGAUUGUGAUAUUAAAAUGGCAACCGGCCCAGUAAAUCUUUUGGAUGUGAGCAAGGACGAGUUUAGAGACUUUUUGGACUCGUUCGAUCAUAUUUUCUCGGAUUGUGAUGGUGUAAUAUGGUCCAAUACCCCUUUAGAUGGAUCUGGAGAAUUCUUCAAGCUGAUGAAGAAACAUGGAAAGACUGUUCACUAUGUGUCUAAUAAUAGUAUAAGAAGCAAAGAAAAUUAUGAAGCUAAAUUCAAAGCAUCAGGAAUUACUGAUGGUUACGAAAACCUGACAGUGCCUUCAGUAGCGAUGGCGGAAUAUUUAAAAUCACUUAAUUUUAAUAAGACUGUAUACUGUGUAACAAAUCCACAGACUAUAAAAACUUUGGAAUCCUACGGCUUCAAAUGUAAAUCUGGGCCAGAUGUAGGUACGAGUUUCUAUGCAGAAUACGUCCAAUAUCUGAAUGACGAUGAAGAGAUAGGUGCCGUGGUGUUUGACAGUGACUUUCAAGCGAAUUUACCAAAGAUGUACAAAGCAAUCACCUACCUCCGGAGGCCUGAAGUCAUCUUUCUAAAUGGAGCUACAGACAGACAUAUUGUGUUCAAGCCUGGGUUCUUAGGUUUAGGCACUCAAGUAUUCACAGAUCUAGCUAUAGAAGAAACGAAACGGUUGCCAAUACAACUAGGAAAGCCUGGCAAACUAUUUGGCGAAUUUGCUAUGAGACGGGCAGAUUUGUCAGAUCCAAGUAGAAUACUAUUUAUUGGUGAUAUGAUUGAACAAGACGUAGGUUUGGGAAAACAGACAGGGUUCAAAACUCUUUUAGUCUUGACAAGUCACACUACGGAAGAAAUGUUAAAUCAUAAGACUAUACAACCCGACUUCUACGCUCCGUCUUUGGGCAGUAUAGUACCGUUAUUAAAUUAGUAAAAAAGCCUAUUCCAAAUUCCAAUUAUUAUUUAGGUUGCCUUAAUUAUUAUAAAAAAACAAUGUACAUAACAUUCCACGUAUGUAAUGUCAACAUUUUAUAUAUUAAUCUCCCUAUUUUUAAUCUGACUUGAAAAUUUUCACGUGAAUUUACAAAGAUUUUUCUACUAAA